CUGCAGGACAACCGGGAGGAGUUCAAGAGGACGUGGAACCCUCGCUUCACGCUGCGUAGCCAUUUUGAUGCCAUCCGAGCGUUGACCUUCCACCCCAGCCAGGCCGUUCUAGUCACAGCCUCCGAGGACGGAACCCUGAAGCUGUGGAACCUCAACAAGGCCAUACACUCCAAGAAAAAUGCAGCGCUGGACGUUGAACCCAUCUACACCUUCAGAGCCCACAGUGGUGCAGUUCUGUCUCUGGCAAUGGGAGAGGACGGAGAUUCGUGCUACAGCGGGGGUCUGGAUGGAACCGUGCGCUGCUGGAAGAUCCCUGACAUCAACGUGGCCUACGACAACUUCGACCCGGGCAUAGAGAGCAGUGUKUUGUUGGGUCAUGAGGACUCAGUGUGGAGUCUGACGUACUCUGCCACCCACCGUCGCCUGGCGUCCUGCUCUGCAGACGGGACCGUUCGCAUCUGGGACCCACAGAACUCUGCCCCCUGUCUCUCCGUCUUCAACAAGGAGAAAGAACACGGAACGCCCACCUCGGUGGCCUUUGUGAACUCUGACCCCGACCAGGCGGUGGUGUCAUUCGACGGAGGCGAGACGCUGCUCUAUGACCUCAACACAGAGCAGAGCAUCAUGGUCCUGGACACCGGGACUAAGGACGGCAGUGAGCUGAUUAACUGUGUGGUCAGCCACCCCUCAGAGCCCAUCUCCAUCACCGCACACGAGAAUCGCACUAUCCGCUAUCUCGACAACAAGACAGGUAAAGUGAUYCACUCCAUGGUGGCACACCUGGAUGCUGUCACCUGUCUGACCACGGACCCCAAAGGCACUUACCUCAUCUCUGGCAGCCAUGACUGUUCGGUGCGUCUGUGGAUGCUGGACAACAGGACGUGUGUGCAGGAGAUCACGGCCCACAGGAAGAAGCACGACGAGGCCAUUCACGACGUGGCCUUCCACCCCUCGCAGCCCUUCAUCGCCUCGGCCGGCGCCGACGCACUCGCCAAGAUCUUCGUCUGAGAGGAGGCACAGACGGGGACUCAACAUCAUCCUCACUGCCCGACUAACACAACUUGGCCAGAGGAGAGUGAUGACUACAAUGGACAAACCUCACACACAAUUCCACAUUCACAGUUACACACGUACACAUCCAGUGACAUACACACACAAAACUGUUGUCCUGCACCCCACUGGCUGGGUCAUCGCCACAGGACACUAUUACCCACGGUUCUCUCGCUGAUCCCAUGAUGCCUCAGUAAACUUGUUGCAAUACUAACCAUACUGUUUUUCUAACGACUAAAUCGGACUGCUCGGUUCAUUAGGUCCGUUUACUACACUACGAUACUCUCAUUCAUUUCUACUUUUUACAGUCCACUKAUGGUUAUUAUAAGACCGUGUGUGUUGACUUUGAGCACUACGCAUGCUGAUGCAGCCCCUGCUAUGACGAGUGACGCGGCGCGCACACGGGUUCGCUUUCCGUUUUAAACUUGUUUUUUAAGAGAUAAGGAGCGUCGCUCACCAGUUGCUAACACGCGUAAGUACCUGACUACAGUAGAGUCCAGUACCCACCCGUUGAUGGCAGUAGCAWUUGUCUGCUGCACCACAGUGUGGGGGAACAAUGCAUUUCAUUCCAAAGACUUCUGAGGGUUUUGGUUUUUGUGUGUUUCGGAGACGCCUCCUAACCGGUGUUGGACAAACGGCUUUAAUAUCAGCCUCACCGCCAAGAUACUAAGUCUGAGUGUUUGUGUGUCCRGUAUUGUAYGGUCAUCCAUUUCAGUAGAAAGGUGUGUUUUGUGUGCGUGUUGCACUUGUUUAAUCUUGGUGCUAAGACCUCAUCAGUCCGAGUCUGAAUCAGGGACCUGUUAUCAUUCAAGGUGUGCGUGUGUGUGUGUGUGUGUGUGUGUGUGUGUGGGGGGGGGUCCUGUUUGUCUCUCACUGGGAUAUUUGUCAUCAACAGUAGCAUGACAUAGCUUGUAUCAUCACUCUCCAGCCAUGCCAACUGUUUGUGUUGAGAUACUGUAUGGGUGAUUUGUAUCUCAUAGGAAACUAACACGCUAUGCUAAGCAGACACUUUUCUACUGGUUUCUUUUUAUAUACAGUGUGUGUGUGUGUGUGAAGUUUUGUCAUUUCAUCGGUACAGCUGGUUUGUGAAAGAGUGUGUGGAGAUGACGGGAGUCAUUUAAUGUUGAUGCCGCAGUAGAGUCCUCUGACUGAAACGGUGGACAUUGCCAGAAAGUGGCAUCCUGUAUUCUCUCUCUGUUCGUUAAGUCGGCAUCAAGUCAGAAUGGUCCUUGGAAACAAUCUAAAUAAUCCAAUGAAAUGACUGUUGUUGAUUAGGUUUCUGUUUCUUGUGCGGGGGGGUUGCACUGAAUUACCCAGAGUGCUCAUAUUGGGAAACUGGCCUCUCGCCCGUGUCAACGGAGCCAGGAGGAGAAAUUUGCCACCGGGAUAUGGGAACAAAAGCCACAUAAAGAGCCCUUCCUCCCUCUUUCCCCUUUGGAGAGGAAAGAAGAACAAACACUACCUGAACCCCCGAGCCCCUUUACAUUGGCCUCCGACAAAGACUGAAUUUAGACAGGGUGACUGUGCACUAAGCGAUCACUUUGUGCUUGGAUUAUUGUGGAGCUGUUUUUCCUGGAAGGGGUAACAAGGUCGGACAAAGAGCGGAGCCUUGGGCGUCCGCUAUAGACUGACAUAUAGGUCAGAGAUCAGGGGUGAUGUCGUUGGGUAGCCGGCCUCCUGGCUCCUUCGAGUUUAUUUUUGAACUUUCCGGGGUGGAACAUAGGCAGUGGGGAGCCCUGAGGGCAGAUCUCUGGCUGUGGAAACGUGGUUCCACCAGGCCAGGGCAGAGCAGGGCAUGGCAGUAAAGAUUGAAUGGUCCAGUAGCACCAUGUCAAUCAGUAACUGGCCMCGAGCUGACCCCAAACCUACGAAUCAACCCCUAGCACAUACGCCAGAGGGAGGGGGUAGAACUCGUCCCAAACCACUGAYACCAGAUCAGGUAUUUUUUCAUCCCCUUAAUGGUUAAAGUCAGCAUUGGGGUUAGGGUAAUCUAAUUCUAGAUCUGUGGUUAAGGUCAACUUUAACCAAGAGCGCCUACAUGCAACAGGGUCACUACAGGGGUCAGAGAAUCAAAGGUUGCUGGUAAAAAUGACUGAGGUGUCAACGUUUCUCUCCACUUCGUGACCUUAUGGGAAACCACACUCUCUGGUCAGACAGGUUUCUGUGGGYUUGGUUUAGUUCAUGUCAGCUUCAUGUGUUUGCUUUUACAUGAUGGUUUCAGAUGUAUUGAAGUCRAUGAGGCAGAGAGAAUGCCUAAGUGCUACUUACUGUAGCACACUGUGUGCUGUAAKGCUUUGUUGUUGAGAGGAUAACUAUAGUACGCAGUUGUCAAUCACCCAGCAGAUGGUAUCACCCACCUCUUGGAAGUACGGUGGACAUUUUUUUGUGUAAUAGUGCAUCCACUCCCACCAACGUUAUAGCUUCCGUACGAAGUGCAUUCUAGUGACACGCUAACUAACGGUUGGCUAUAGGCUGCACUACAUCAGCUGCACUAGACGCCAAGACUAGACCAAGAGGUUACCUGGAGCCCGUAUGUGUCUUAGCGKGGUUGUGGAGACCAUGGCCCAGUUUCCCAAAAGCRUCUUAAAGAGCGACUGCCCCUAAAAAAAUWAAAGCAACUUAUCGUUUUGAAAAUAGCCUAUGUAGCAUCGGUGUGAGUCAGAAGCAUUUAUUCCACUGUCAAAAUUGACUACAACGUGUAAAUAGGAUAAUUUUGGUCAUAAAGUCAGUCUCGUCCAAAAYGGAGAUUUGCGAGAUAGGAAARAAAUUGUAUUUCACGGAAUGAAAGGUACCAUAACAGUUUUCCAUAGGUUGGGUUUAUUUGAAUCCUUCCCACAGUUGGCUGCACCCAAGUAAUCAUCAAUUCUGAGUGCAGCUGCACAUGACCCAAUGUAAUGUUCAUGAUCAAUUUGGUUUGACUUUGGAUAUCCCUAUGGGGCUAGUUAGGGACCAUCAGUAMAUUACACAAUGUACAUGGGGCAAUAUUUUAAAUGUUCAAACAAACUAUACAAUGCAGAAAACCAACUAUAAAUCAUAUAGCAAUAUUGAAAGCAAUGAAUGAGACAACUAAAAGAUGUGCAACAUGAAAAUAUUGUCCCAUUUACAUUGUGUAAUUUAUUGACGUCCCAAACGAUCCCCAGAGAUAAGCUAUCCAAAGUUAAACUAACUUUGCCACGGUCGCAUACCAGCUAUCUGGAGCUAAUUGGCGAAACGAUUUGGCUAACUCUUCCCUCCUGCGAACACGCACAAGAGACGCUCACAUCAAACCACACCCCGAAACCUGAAUUCAGUCCUGGCUGCUAGCAUUUACUAAUGAACCGAAUCUAAAACGAGGACAAAUCAGGAAGUGCAUUGCAUAUGUUCAUCGUUAGAAUCUUCAUAGGAGCGUCGUUAAAUCGCCAAGCUGUUUCCCAAACCCAUUACUAAAGUUGCAUUUGAAAACGACUGCCUCAGAACAGCGAAGUGUGUCGUUAGAUGCUUUUUWAAAAACACAUCCUGGUCACUUUAAACACAGAACAGAAGAAAUCAGCUAAACCGAAUUCGAGAUGUUUAUCUGUCUCACUGUGAACGCAGAUAACUUCAGACCGAAGUUGACUGCUGCAUAUACAAAGUUGCCAAUGGCUUUUGAGUUCUUUGCGAUUGUUGUAAACAAGCGAAGGAUACAAAUGUGCAUCAAAUGAAAACCGAGUUGACUGCAUUAAAAGAUAAAUACAGAAAAUAGGUUUAUAAAGGCUACAUACAUAGGCCUGUUUAUUUAAAUCAYWUUGAAAUCAAUUUCAUGUUCAAUMAAUUGAGUUCUAUUUAGCUGGCUAGUCUACUGUCUGCAAWUUYUGCCUCAAUAUAUUUCAUGUGUAAUGUGCGCAAUGAUAUGYCGAAUCUGUGAUUUGUGCAUUAUUAUUGGUUAAGCAUUAGAAUAAACCACCUCAAUAUUUGCAGCCAUCAGGUGAUCAUCUCUCUAGGAGCUGACCGGUUGUCAGUAUUGUGAAAUAAUUAUGUUAAGGUAAGAUAUGAAUAGAGAAAGCAGMCUUUCUUUGUAUCCUAUAGGUAUCGACACAUGCUCCAACGACCCACUUGGCGAACGUUCUUUCUGCGUGGUGUUUUGGGAAACGCAUGUUACAUCUUCGGCCGUUGUAGGAACGAUGCAUUGUUUAAAAUACUUGUGCGCCUAAAUUCCAUCGUUAUCGGGAAACCAAGCCCUGAAGUGUCUCACUGGUAUUUUUCCUCCCUUCACGUAAAUAUUAAGACUGCAUGAGUGUGUUGGACGAACUCUGCACUCCGUGUCUUUGUGUCAGUCAGAGUCCACAUGUACGUCUACAGCAUUGAGCUAUAGACUGGUCCUGAUACGCUCAAAUAUGUCCGUCUUCUGAGAACAGACAAAUCAAUGUGAAAAAAAUCAAAAAAGCGAGAGGAAAAUAGAUAUGACUGUAAAUGAUGGAAGACUAGAGCAACCAUUAUCUGAUUUACAUGUCCAUUCUCAUUUUUUAUUUGUUGCUUUUUCCCCUUUGAUUAUAAUUAUUAUCUAAGAAUACUGUAGUGUCAUCAGUGAAAUCUUUCUUCUUUGCUAGGCUUAGAACUUGCUUGUGAUUGAUAAUGACAAUGUAUACCUUGUAAAAAACUAAACGGUUAACAAAUCAGAAAAAGAAAAAGAAAAAAAACCAUCAAAAAGUGAUCAGUCCGAGGCCAAGGUAAAGGACUCUUGUUUCUUUGUGUUUUUAUUUUUUUAAUAGCAACUUAUCACUGUGUGAUAUUUUGUACAUCAUAUUAAGCUGUAUUCAAACAAUUUCCUCUAACUACAAGGGAUAAGAGACCUGCUUUUUAUUGAGUUUGUUUUAUUAUAUAUAUUUUUGGAACUGCAUUCUAGCUCGUAUCAAAUGACAGAUUUUCCUUCUCUUUACUUUGCGGGUCUCGUGUUAUGUCAUUAAAGAAGAAAAACACAAACAAUUCUAAUAAAAKAACGAUUUUGUACAGUGAA